GUUGAAUGUCCGAAGGCUGAUAUUUCAAAAUUCAUUGUACUUUUGCGCUUGCUCUAGAAGUGCUGCGUGAAAGUUGACUGGAGAAAUCACUAGCGCUUUGUAAGUCACACAGUUCAUUUGGUUGUCGAUAGUUCUUCUUGUGGAAGCUAGAGAGUCACCAUUUUAUCUAGUUACGCACUAUAGGAUGUGAAUAGGCGAUGGAUAGGUUUCAAAAAUAUGUGGAUGACCACUUAAAAGUUAUAAGGUUAUUGCCUACUACAUUCUUCGCAUUCGGAGUGUACCUUCUUGCAAAGCAUUUUUACAUUUUCACUAAGUUCAAUUCUAUCCAUGCUAUCCCAUCUGAUGUCUACAGUCGUCAAAUACGUCUUAAAGGAUUGAUAAACUCUGUAGAUCACACGGGCGAAUUGGAGAUUUUCCAUGUUCCUAAAAUUAGGAUACCUAUCAAUACUUCACCUGGUAAUUCAUUACGAGUGUGUAUUCCAGUGCAGCAUUCUGAAAGAAGCAGACAGUGGAUGAAACAAAAUUUUCAACCUGGUGAUGUCACUGUUUUCAUUCCUGUAAAACUUCUCCAAGACGAUAGGCUUUUGGCCAUCGUUUUCAAAAAGUGGUAUUUUUUUAGAAAAGAUAUAUCGUACCACUUGUUAGUAAAUGGAAUGGUUGAUGCUGAAAAACUCGACGAUUUACCGGAGGAUUUUCGCACUAAAUAUAUUGGAGCGAUUUCGAAGGCCAAAAAAAAGAAAAAGGGUAUUUGGAGAGAGAACUCUAGAUUUAGGAAAACUUGCAAAUCAUUUUUACAACGGAUGAAAAGUCUGCUGAAUUUAUAAGCCUAAUAUUGUGGUAGAUGCAAUUUAAAAUUCUAAAUUUUCUGUCUGUUUAUGUGUGUUUCUUUAACAUAAAUCCGAAGAAUGCGGCUACUUUUCACAAUAAAUAUUACUAUUUU